CAAUUACCUUAAAUCUGGUUACCAGCAUUCCCACCAGUGGAAACAUUUCCUUUCUACCGACUCUUGCAAAUCCCCUCAUAAAGUUAAAUAAUUAUAUCUCGUAAUCUUCUCUGCUCUAAAGAGAUCAACCCCAGCUUAUCUAGACCACAUGUUACCAAAGUCCCGUGGCCCUGACAUUGUGCUUCCUCUGCACCUUGCCACAGAAGACCCAGAAGUGCAGGUGAUCCAACAGAAUCUAAAACUAAAAAUGUGUGUGGUAUUUUAAAGGGCUGCAUAUGGAGCAGAAGUGUGAAUAAUAGAGCAUCAAGGACACCAACAGCCUCUGCAAAUCAAAGUUGUUCAUUUUACAUAUACAAAGGAAGAUAAUCAUGAGUGCUCCUGUUUCAGUGAGCUCCAUUCCAAGAACAGCACAAAAGAGCAUCAUGCAGACUUACUUCAUCUGGAGCCAGAAGUACAUGUUCUGAUCAAAGAGGAAGAGAAAGCAAGGCAGGGAGGGAUGGAAGUUCAUUCAUCAAGACUGUGCUGUAGAUUUUCAGUGCAGACCUGCUUAACUGAGUAACAUCUUAUCCAGAAGGAAAACCCAGGAAGUUGGGAGAGAAGUGGGAUUCACACUAAACUUUCAACACAGGUCAAAGACAUUUGGAUGGUUCUUGUGAAGUAGAGGCUGCUGCAAUCCCCAAAUUCACAGGACAGUCACAAGCCUUUGAUUUACUCUACCUGGUGCAAAAUAUACUGGUAAAGCAAGUACAGAGAUCCUUCCGCUCACCCGUUGUUUGCUGAUCAGGUGACCAUCCUCACUGUGUGGAGGUCGGUUAUUUGCCUCCUAAUUUAUUCCAGGCGGUUGGCAACGUUCACAUCUGAGAUCUUGCACUGAUCCCAGGACAGGAAAAGAAGCAACAUUCCAAAAAAAAACUUGAUAAACCCGUUUGGGUUUACCUUGCACACCUUGACAGAAGCAAAGCAACUUCUUGUAGUUUGAUGGAAGGAUGGAGUUCACACUGAUAUGCAACCACAAUGACUCUCUCCUGAUGUGUUGUGAUUAGAAUUCUACCUUGUCCACACCCCAGCAGCCAGUAGCAAUGGGCUCUUGGACCAGGCCUUCAUGUAAGUGUUGUACAUCCCGACCAGUGCAGCCGCUGGUUGCCUUGGAGCUGAGCGAGGACAUCAACAUGGAAACCAAACGAUGGCUGAUGUUCAGGAUUCAGGCAGAGAAGACAGCUGGUGGUGCUGAACUAAUGGUCCACCCUGGUGAAGAUGAUGAUGGGAACAUGCUCCUUGUUUCUGCAUCUCGACACGUCCUCCUGAGGACAGCUGAGGUUCUCGGACUUUACAAACUUUACAAAGAUGGCUCCAUGAUCUCAUUUUCCUACAGGGACAGGAGAAAUUUUGAAAACUCAGAUAAUAUUGACGAAUUUCUGACUUUAGCCGAGCGUCAGUUCAUCGUUCUGCGAACGCUGGAGAACAUAAAAGCUGUGGAUGAAAAAUAUAUUCCAGGAUAUCCCACAAAGUCCCUCUAUCCGGGAGAAGCAAUUUUUAACAGGUUGCAGAAAACCAAGCUUCUGCAUGCCUUCUAUCCAUUGCAUCAUGAGGAGAUGCUGAAUGAGCUGGAAUCACACUGGUACUCUCACAGGAAGCUGACACUACAACCCAUUGAUUCAAUUUGCAGAUAUUACGGUGGUUCUAUUGCCAUGUACUUCAGCUUUCUGGAAUUCUUCACCUGUUCACUUGCACCAAUGGCAAUCUUCGGUACCAUGGUGUUUGCUCUAUCGAUGGGCACUGUCGACAAAUGCAUCCUGUUUUCAGUUUUCAAUAUAAUCUGGUCGACUGUGAUCAUGGAGUUAUGGAAACGGCACAGCUUCGUCCUAGCCUACACCUGGGGCACACUGCAGAUGAACAGUCAAUUUGAGGAGCCCCGCAUGGGUUACAAAGGCCCAAUGGGUACAAACCCCAUCACCCAUCGCCGCCAGCCUUAUUAUCCCACAUGGAAACGCAAAGUGAAAAUCUGGCUUGUUUCUGUUCCAGUCCUGUGUUUGUUUCUUGCCUUCUCUCUCUACGGGAUGUUUAUUUUCUUAAGGCUGGAGGCUUGGGUCAAGGCCUUAUAUAGUGAAAAUGAAGACUGCUGGGGCUGUAUGCUGUAUAUACCGGGCAUUCUUCACACUCUCUGCAUUACUGCCCUCAAUGUCUGCUACAAAGAGAUCGCCGAAGUGCUGACAGAAUGGGAAAAUCAUCGAUUGGAAUCCUCUUUCCAAAACCAUUUGACAGUAAAAGUGCUGGUGUUUCGCUUUGUCAAUUGCUUUUCUGCCCUGUUCUACAUCUCCUUCUACCUCCAGGACCUCGAGCUCCUCAGAAAGAAACUUGCAUCACUGCUCAUUCUGACCCAGAUCAUUAAUCAGUUCAUAGAGACAUUGCUGCCCUAUUUCUACAAGACACUUAUUGGUAAAGAGACAGGUCUGAAGAAUUGCGCAGUGGAAAAUGCACCAGAAAUUGACAAGAUAAAACCGCAAGGACAGAAGACAACAUUUCCUGGAAUGUUCGAUGAAUACAUGGAGCUUUUUGUUCAGUUCGGAUACGUCAGCCUCUUCUCUUGCAUUUACCCAUUGUCAGCCAUACUCAUCAUUUUGAACAACAUCACGGAAAUCCGCACGGACGCUCUGAAGCUGUGCCACCUCUUCCGAAAACCUUUCAUCUCACCGGCAGCAAAUAUAGGAGUCUGGCAGACUGCUUUUGAGACGAUAGGAUUCUUGUCAGUCAUCACCAACUGUUUGCUAAUUAGUAUUUCCCCUCAAGUGAAAGAGUAUUGUGCAGAAAAUAAUGUAACCUCUAACAGCGUGUUAAUCUGGGCCAUUGGAGUGGAGCAUGCCCUGCUGGCUAUAAAGAUAAUUUUAGCCUUUGUUAUUCCUGACAUCCCCCAGUGGGUGAAGCUGAAGAUUGACAGAGUCGAGUACCAGUCCCUUCAGGCCCUCAAGCACAAGUUGUUUGAAGAAGGUAAAGGUUUUGGCGGAGAGGUGGAGGAGAAAGAAGGAUGGCAAGGUGGAAUCACGUGGCCUGAUUCUGCGGAUAGCUCUCUGCAUGCAAGCAACAGGCAGCUGAACUUACUGUAAGCACCACAUUAUCACAUGAUGGAAACACAGCAAGGCGAGCUGCUCACACCAAACUUAACACAAAGGCUCCCUCUCAACAACUAACUUGACUUCUUCACCGUUUAUUUUCAUUUUCUGGAGUUGUUCCUCCUUGUAUAUAUGACAGGGUGGCUUCUUUGUUAUUUCGUAAUUCCUCAAUACACGCAGAAAUAUAUUUAUAAAGCACAUUUGAUGAUAAACCACAUCUCCACUGUGGGAACUACAGCUUCUAAUAGUGUUUCCUGCUUUGUAUUUUGAUUAAGGCAGUAACCUCUCACAACCGUAGGUCAUCCCAGCCAUUGACAACACAGAGCAAGUCUCACAAGGAAGCAAGAAACAGCAGCAUAACAGUUUCCCUUUAACAAAAAGGAGCUUGUUCAUUUGACAGGGCAGUCUGACAUCCUCAUUACUCUUGAAGCUCCGUCCUAAUAGUUGUCCUGUUUAGAAUGCCCUUUUUCUUUUUUGAAUCCUUCUUUCCACAGCUGUGAGUUGAAGCAUUAAAACAAUGUUGCCAAAACAAGACUCCUUUGAAGCAGUUCUUUUCCAAGUUUGGCAGUCCAGACACUGAGUGCUCGAAUCAACAAUUUUUGGGAUGAUAUGUGGCCUUCUCACCCAGAGAUGGCGCUGCCUUACACUCACAAUAUUUCAUUAAUGGUUGUGCUCCUUGCCCUCCAGUAUAGAGAGGACUACAAGUAGAGGGCAGAGAUUGAAGGUAAUUAGUAGAGGGAUUAAAGGGGAGGUGGGGAGAAAAGGCUUCUCACUUAGUGAGUGGUGGUGGGCUGGAUCUUCACACACAAAAUGCUGGAG